AUGCCCCUAUACACCAACAUGUCCCUAUACACCAACAUGUCCCUAUACACCAACAAGUCCCUAUACACCAACAUGUCCCUAUACACCAACAUGUCCCUAUACACAAACAUGUCCUUAUACACCAACAUCUCCCUAUACACAAACAUCUCCCUAUACCCCAACAUGUCCCUAUACACCAAUGUGCCACUAUACACCAACAUGUCCUUAUACACCAACAUGUCCCUAUACACAAACGUGCCCCUAUAUACCAACAUGUCCCUAUACACCAACAUGUCCCUAUACACCAACAUGUCCCUUUACACAAAUAUGUCCCUAUACGCAAACAUGCCCCUAUACACCAACAUGUCCCUAUACACCAACGUGUCCCUAUACACCAACAUGUCCCUUUACACAAACAUGUCCCUAUACACCAACAUGUCCCUAUACACCAACAUGUCCCUUUACACAAACAUGUCCCUAUACACCAACAUGUCCUUAUACACCAACAUAUCCCUAUACACAAACAUAUCCCAAUACACCAACAUGUCCCUAUACACAAACAUGCCCCUAUACACCAACAUGUCCCUAUACACCAACGUGCCACUAUACACCAACAUGUCCUUAUACACCAACAUGUCCCUAUACACCAACAUGCCCCUAUACACCAAUGUGUCCCUAUAUCCAAAAUGUCCUUAUACACCAACAUGUCCUUAUACACAAACAUGUCCCUAUACCCCAACAUGUCCCUAUACACCAACAUGUCCCUAUACACCAACAUCUCCCUAUACACAAACAUCUCCCUAUCCACCAACAUGUCCCUAUACACUAACGUGUCCCUAUAUACAAACAUGUCCUUAUACACCAACGUGCCCCUAUACACCAACAUGUCCCUAUAUAUCAACAUGUCCCUAUACACCAACAUUUCCCUAUACACCAACAUGUCCAUUUACACCAACAUGUCCCUAUACACCAACAUGUCUCUAUACACCAACAUGUCCCUAUACACCAACAUGUCCCUAUAUAUCAACAUGUCCCUAUACACCAACAUUUCCCUAUACACCAACAUGUCCAUUUACACCAACAUGUCCCUAUACACCAACAUGUCUCUAUACACCAACAUGUCCCUAUUUACAAACAUUUCCCUUUACACAAACAUGCCCCUAUACACCAACAAGUCCCUAUCCACCAACAUGUCCCUAUACACCAACAUGUCCUUAUACACCAACUUGUCCCUAUACACCAACAUGUCCAUUUACACCAACAUGUCCCUAUACACCAACAUGUCUCUAUACACCAACAUGUCCCUAUAUACAAACAUUUCCCUUUACACAAACAUGCCCCUAUACACCAACAUGUCCCUAUCCACCAACAUGUCCCUAUACACCAACAUGUCCUUAUACACCAACUUGUCCCUAUACACCAAUGUGCCCCUUACACCAACAUGUCCCUAUAUACCAACAUGUCCCUAUACACCAACGUGCCCCUAUACACCAACAUGUCCCUAUACACCAACAUGUCCCUAUACACCAACAUGUCACUAUACACCAACGUGCCCUUAUACACCAACAUGUCCCUAUACACCAACAUGUCCCUAUACACCAACAUGUCCCUAUACACAAACAUGUCCUUAUACAUCAAGAUCUCCCUAUACACAAAAAUAUCCCUAUACCCAAACAUGUCCCUAUACACCAACAUGUCCCUAUACACCAACAUGUCCUUAUACACCAACUUGUCCCUAUACAAAAACGAGCCCCUAUACACAUACAUGUCCCUAUACACCAACAUGUCCCUUUACACAAACAUGCCCCUAUACACCAACAUGUCCCUAUACACCAAUGUGCCACUAUACACCAACAUGUCCCUAUACACCAACAUGCCCCUAUACACCAAUGUGUCCCUAUAUCCAAAAUGUCCUUAUACACCAACAUGUCCUUAUACACAAACAUGUCCCUAUACCCCAACAUGUUCCUAUACACCAACAUGUCCCUAUACACCAACAUGUCCCUAUACACCAACAUGCCCCUAUACACCAACGUGUCCCUAUAUACAAACAUGUCCUUAUACACCAAUGUGCCCCUAUACACCAACAUGUCCCUAUAUACCAACAUGUCCCUAUACACCAACGUGCCCCUAUACACCAACAUGUCCCUAUACACCAACAUGUCCCUAUACACCAACAUGUCCCUAUACACAAACAUGUCCUUAUACAUCAAGAUGUCCCUAUACACAAAAAUAUCCCCUAUACCCAAACAUGUCCCUAUACACCAACAUGUCCCUAUACACCAAAAUGCCCCUAUAUACCAACAUGUCCCUAUACACCAACAUGCCUGCAGAAUCCAGUCACCAGUGGUCCCCGCCACAACUCUUCUUUGCAUGGUGAUGGUAUAACAAUGUUUUGGACAAUGGGCCCUUGAGGAGGGCGAAGCGUAGCCACAAUGACAUUGGAGAUGAAAAGUGUAUGACACCACGCAUGGAAUGAAAAGAGAGAGAGUGAGGGAAGGAGAGGAGAGGAGAAAAGAGA